AGCAGGGGAGGCUGGGCUGCGGAGCGGUGGGCGCUUCCCGAGGGCCUCGGGAGGGCAGCCGGGACCCUUGCGGGCCAGGAAAGGCCAUUCGUCCUCUUGGCCGCGCAUCUCCUGCUCCUGCUCAGACUGAGUCGAGCGCCGGCACCAUGUCGGCCUACCCCAAAAGCUACAACCCGUUCGACGACGACGCGGAGGAUGAACGCGCCCUGCCGACCCCGUGGAAGGACGCCAGCGACCUCCCCGACGGGCUUGGCGCACCCGCGGACCGACAGCAGUACCUGCGGCAGGAGGUGAUGCGCAGGGCCGAGGCCACGGCCGCCAGCACCAGCAGGUCCCUGUCGCUCAUGUACGAUUCCGAGAGGAUCGGGGUCGCCACUUCCGAGGAGCUCGUCCGUCAGCGAGGAGUCUUAGAACGCACAGAGAAGAUGGUGGACAAGAUGGAUCAAGAUUUGAAGACCAGCCAGAGGCAUAUUAACAGCAUUAAGAGUGUGUUUGGGGGGCUUGUCAAUUAUUUCAAAUCCAAACCGGCAGAGACCCCACCUGUGCAGAAUGGCACCCCCACCCCCCAGCCCAGCAGCAGAUUGAAAGAAGCCAUAAGUACAAGUAAAGAACAGGAGGCACAGAACCAGGCCAGCCACCCAAACCUCAGGAAGCUGAAUGACUCAGACUCUGUCCCUGGUGGGGCCAGUUCUUCUGUGAGUACUGAGGCUUACCCGAAGAACGCACACCUUCGAGCCUAUCACCAGAAGAUCGACGACAAUCUAGAUGAGCUGUCCUUGGGACUGGGCCGGCUGAAGGACAUAGCCCUGGGGAUGCAGACGGAAAUUGAGGAACAAGAUGACGUUCUUGACCGCCUCACAGCCAAAGUGGACAAGUUAGAUGUCAAUAUAAAAAGCACAGAAAGAAAAGUUCGACAACUUUAAAGACAGAGAAGGAUUUUCACUCCGUUGUGGUGAAAAGAUUUGAAAGAUCCUCUUUUAAACUCCCAAGAAAUUUCAUGUAUUAUUUUAGUAUGUAAUUUAACAUGCGUUUGCAAAUGUUAUAAGGGAGUGGGUCUUAAGAGAUUUUGUUGUGAUGAGAAGUGUGUGUCCUACAUUUUCUUAGAGCCAACAGCUCUCUCUCUUCUUUGAACUGAGUUCUUAGAGUUUUAAUCUGAGCACAGUAGCCUGGCAUUGAAUAUCCUGGGCCUUUGAUUACCAUGCUGGAAUGAGAAUGAAAGGCUGCAGUUCUCGCUUUAAUGAGCAUAUAGAAAGAUAUGGGUGGAAUUUCAGUCUUGGAACCAUCAACCUCUAUUUCUCUGUUUGCUGUAUUUCUCAUUCCUAGGCCUUACCGUGAGUCUAAGGGACUGUGUGAGCCAGUUGUUCAUGGGAGAAAAGCCCUUCCCACAUCUUUGUUUAGCAGUCAUCAGCCACUUCCGCCCAUACACACACACACACACCACAUCAUGAUUCUCAGAACCUCCUAGAAAAGGAUCAGUGUUAGAUUCAGAAAAGGAGUGUGUCUUUGCUAUUUUGUUGACGGAUGUCGCCUCUUCCCCUCCUGCCCUCUGCCCUCAGCAUGCAUUUUAGUAGGAGAGGUUCAGACCAGCGUUGCUCACUGUGUUGCCUGGGAAUGUGUAGGGAACUGGGUGAGCCAUUCUUCCCCACACGCUCUCCUCUCUAACUGUGUCCAUGGUUGGGAACAGCUUCUCCACUGGCUCAAGGCUGCGUGGCUGGCGACUGGGGACUCUUUCGAGUUUGUGGGGAUGGAGCAUCACACAGACUGCGGCCAAGCAUUAGUCUUCCUCCACCUCCUCCUUCCUGAGCUCUGCACCCCUCUGGGGAUCACUGUGACCAGGCCUAGGGUAUGGCAGUUUAUUCAGUGGCUGGGGUCUCCUGACCCGUCCAGGAUUUCCACCCACUCUUCUUAACACUUUUUGCAAGAUGACUUGACUCAUCACUUGGUUCUCUGCCACUCAGUUUUAGAACUGGAACUCCACAAAUGAUGCUGACUUUGUUUUUUUGUUUGUUUUUUUUUGUGAGGAAGAUCAUCCCUGAGCUAACAUCCAUGCCAAUCCUCCUCUUUUUGCUGAGGAAGACUGGCCCUGAGCUAACAUCCGUGCUGAUCUUCCUCCAUUUUACGUGGGAAGCCACCACAGCAUGGCCUGACAAGCGGUGCAUCAGUGUGCGCCCGGGAUCCCAACUGGGGCUGCCAGCCCCAGAGCAUGCGCGCUUAACCACUACGCCCCAGGGCCGGCCCGAUGCUGACUUUGUAUGGAAGGAUUUGGCUAAAAAAAAAAAAAAAAGGCCGGACAUUAGCAUUUUAACUGACCCAGCUGGUUCUUUUCUUUCAUUUUACAAAAAGAAUCACUUAAAAGCAUUAAUUAAAAUUAAUUUCUAUAAUUAAAUAAAUUUGUGUUGGUAUCUCCAACAAAAUAAUUGAUGCCCCAAGGCCCUUGUCUUUUUAAAAAGCAAAUUAAAAUAUUUUGAAGAUGGUGUCUUUAAAAAGACAGAUUAGGUCAGAAACUAAAAUAACAGUGCCUUUCACCUUGAAACAUGGCACUGGCUAUGUGACCUUCACCACUUGGAUUGUGUAGCUUAUAAAUAAAGCAAAGGAAACCUCUCUUUUUAAAGUGCUAUAGCAAUGCAUCAGUAUUUAUGUGGCUGUUCCAUCCCAUAAUGCAUGACCUUCCUGAAUGCUGACAGCUGCCAUUGGCAGACACAGCUUUCUGUCGUGUUCCAGCCACCUCAGGGAGUCUGAUCCAUGUCAUUAUGACUAUCCCAGGAUAUAAGGACACCAUUAAAGGUAACCAGAUUAGAUGUUUGUUUAUCAGAUGAGCUCAUCAUGAUUAUUCUCUUUUUUUUUUUUUUUUGUGAGGAAAGAUCAGCCCUGAGCUAACAUCCAUGCUAAUCCUCCUCUUUUUGCUGAGGAAGACUGGCUCUGAGCUAACAUCCAUUGCCAAUCCUCCUCCUUUUUUUUUUCCCCAAAGCCCCAGUAGAUAGUUGUAUGUUAUAGCUGCACAUCCUUCUAGUUGCUGCAUGUGGGACACGGCCUCAGCAUGGCCGGAGAAGCGGCGCGUCGGUGCGCACCGGCGAUCCAAACCCGGGCCGUCAGCAACAGAGCGCGCGUACUCAACCACUAAGCCACUGGGCCGGCCCCAUGAUUAUUCUCUUGAUAACUGGUAAAAGGAAAAUUUUAAAUGUAUACCCAGCCCAAACUAAAUGAGUUCACAGGGCUUUCAGCCAAAAGGCUGAUCAAAAGCGCAAAGCCAGAAUGCGGAGCAGCCCAUAUGUGCAUUUCCACUCAUUCUAAUUGUUUCUGGUUUUUUUCUCUCUAACACCUUUCAUUCUUCUGUUUAUCAUCAUCAGGCGUAGACUCAUGGAGAUGAGUCAUUAUACCUCAGACCUAAACUUAUUUUUUCAAAUAAAUACACAUAAAGGCCACUGCUAAACAGUCUCUUCAGCGGCCUUCCAUUUGCAUAAUGGGAUUAGUGAUUUAACUGACUUGAAGCAAAGUAGCACCUUAUUUUAUGUACCUUCCCUGUCUUGUUGGAUUGAUGAAGCCAAUCACUCCCCCUUUCCCCUCAAGCAUAUGGAAGGAGAGUUGCCCUCACUUUUCUAGAAAUUUGUCUUCCUUUGACACAUUAGAGGGCCUCAUACAUUUUGUUCUGUUCUUGUUCAGACCCUCUUGCUCUAAAGCCUUGGCUGAGGUAUUGUUGCUAAGCUACAUGCUGGCCAGCGGCUUCUUUCUGCUGUGUCUUCACCCCUGCACCCAUGCCUACCAAGGACCAGUUGCUGAUGCUACCUCUGUAAAGCAAAGUUGCUUGCAUUUGUAGAAAACAAAGAACUGAGGAGCCUCUAGAAUCUUUGCACAUGAUAAUUAUGAUCAAAGAGAAAACAUUCUACCCUCUAGACCAGAUACAUAUCAUGGAGACACUGAGAGGUGCUCUGGCUGGGGUUGGCUAUAGGGUGGGCUUUGGUGCAACAGACAAGACCAGUGAACUUGUCCUUCUUGCCAGAUGGGGUCUGUAAGACAGAUUUUUUUUUUUUUUUGAGUAAGAUUGGCCCUGCACUAACAUCUGUUGCCAAUCUUCCUCUUUUUCUUUUUUCUCCCCAAAGCCCCAGUACAUAGUUGUGUAUCAUAGUUUUAGAGCUGUAGCUCUUCUAUAUGGGACAGCACCUCAGCAUGGCCCGCACCCAGGAUCCGAACUGGUGAACCCCGGGCCACUGAAGAGGAACGUUCGAACUUAACUGCUACGCCACCGGGCCAGCCCCUGUAAGACAGAUUUUUAUUUCCACAGUUGAGCGGGAAACAAGCUGUGCCUUCAAAAAAAGUAGCUUUUCUUUUUUGUGUCUGUGAGGAAGAUCAGCCCCGAGCUAACAUCCAUGCCAAUUCUCCUCUUUUUGCUAAGGAAGACCGGCUCUGAGCUAACAUCUAUUGCCAAUCCCCCUCCUCUUUUUUCCCCCAAAGCCCCAGUAGAUAGUUGUAUGUCAUAGUUGCACAUCCUUCUAGUUGCUGUAUGUGGGACGCCGCCUCAGCAUGGCCGGAGAAGCAGUGCGUUGGUGCGCGCCCGGGAUCCGAACCUGGGCCACCAGUAGCAGAGCUCACGCACCUAACCACUAAGCCACGGAGCUGGCCCCAAAAGUAGCUUUUCUAACUCUAGUUAUAUGUUAAGUGGCUACUAACCUAAAAAUAAGUGCGUUCUCCUUGGAGGAAACUAUUUCCAACAUCUGGUGAUUUGUAACUUAACAGCAGUGAGGGUGCCUUGUGGAUGUCUUUUUUGCAUUCUGUAGGAAAGGAAACCUCAAUUUAACUCAAGUGGCAAGAAAAAAAUACAUACUUGCACUUUAAUUUCUCUAACUUCUUUUUGUGAGUACUUAAUUUUAAAUGUACACUAUACCAACUUAGUAAAACUCUUAUAAUUUGCCCACAUAGGCCUUUUCUGCAGAAUUUUUAAAGUUACAAAUGUUUUUAAGCAUCUUCAGCUCUGAUAAAUGAAAUGUCUCGUGUACAGAAUGAUGAGCUAGUCGUUAAAAGUGCUCAUGGGAGGGGGGCUUUUUUCAGAGUCUGUAUCAGAACAGCUCUUAUGCUCCAUGCCUUCAACUCAACAAAUGACCAUAUUCCAUAAAAUAAAAUGUGAAGUUGUUUUUUAAUCACA